CUGUUCUCACUUCAUCUUCUUAUUCUUCUUUCACUUUCUCACUUUCAUCAACAUUUUCAGCACUUUCGGUGUAAACAGCUCCAACAUCACUCUCUCUCUCUCCUGAGUUGCUUUUGAGUUUUUCAUCAGAAGUGAAAGAAAAUGGCCGGUGGUGGUGAAGGAGGAGGAGCAGCGCUGCCCCCAAAACAGGAUGAGCUUCAGCCACAUCCGGUGAAAGAUCAACUUACUUCUAUCUCUUAUUGCGCCACCAGUCCUCCUCCUUGGCCUGAGGCAAUACUUUUGGGGUUUCAGCAUUACUUGGUGAUGCUUGGAACAACGGUACUCAUCCCAACAUCUUUAGUUCCACAAAUGGGUGGAGGAAACGAGGAGAAGGCAAAGAUGAUUCAGACAUUGCUAUUUGUUUCUGGACUCAACACUUUAUUACAAAGCUUCUUUGGAACUCGUCUUCCUGCCGUUAUUGGAGCCUCUUACUCUUAUGUACCAACCACGCUUUCGAUCAUCUUGGCUGCUCGGUACAACGACAUUUUGGAUCCUCAAGAGAAGUUUGAGAGGAUCAUGCGUGGAAUACAAGGUGCUCUUAUCGUUGCCUCGCUUCUUCAGAUCGUUGUUGGCUUCAGCGGCCUAUGGCGCAAUGUAGUUAGGCUCUUGAGUCCUCUCUCUGCAGUUCCUCUGGUUGCCCUCGCAGGUUUUGGACUUUAUGAACUCGGUUUCCCUCUGCUAGCUAAAUGCAUUGAGAUUGGAUUGCCUGAGAUUAUCCUUCUACUCAUAUUCUCUCAGUAUAUUCCUCAUCUCAUGCGAGGAGAAAGAGAUGUUUUCCAUCGAUUUGCUGUGAUUUCUUCUGUGAUUAUUGUCUGGAUUUACGCGUAUUUUCUCACCAUUGGUGGGACCUAUAAGCACGCAGGAACCAAUACUCAGACAAGUUGCAGAACAGAUCGAUCUGGCAUCAUAAGCGGCACCCCAUGGAUAAGAGUGCCUUAUCCUUUCCAAUGGGGAGCCCCAACAUUUCAUGCUGGUGAAGCUUUUGCUAUGAUGGCUAUUUCAUUUGUUUCACUUGUUGAGUCCACAGGGACUUACAUUGCUGUAUCAAGGUUUGCAAGCGCAACUCCUCCCCCACCGUCUGUUCUCAGCCGUGGAAUCGGUUGGCAGGGUGUUGGAGUUCUUCUAUGUGGAUUAUUUGGAGCAGGAAAUGGAGCAUCUGUAUCAGUAGAAAAUGCUGGUUUGUUAGCGCUAACACGCGUUGGUAGCAGAAGGGUAGUUCAAAUUUCAGCUGGUUUCAUGAUCUUUUUCUCCAUUCUUGGAAAAUUUGGAGCCGUCUUUGCUUCUAUUCCAGCUCCUAUAUUUGCAGCAUUGUAUUGCUUGUUCUUUGCAUAUGUUGGUGCUGGUGGUCUAAGCUUACUUCAGUUCUGCAAUCUAAAUAGCUUCAGAACAAAAUUCAUUCUUGGUUUCUCGGUUUUCAUGGGAUUAUCAAUACCACAAUACUUCAACGAGUAUACAGCUAUUAAUAAGUAUGGACCAGUUCAUACAAAAGCCAGAUGGUUCAAUGAUAUGAUCAAUGUUCCAUUCUCUUCUGAAGCAUUUGUUUCCGGGAUGCUAGCAUUCUUUCUUGAUAUAACAUUGUCAUCUAAAGAUAUUGCCACGAGGAAAGACCGAGGGGUGUUUUGGUGGGAUCGUUUCAUGUCGUUUAAAUCAGAUACUAGAAGUGAAGAGUUUUACUCUUUGCCUUUCAAUCUUAACAAAUAUUUUCCUUCUUUGUGAUAUUGAUGAUGCUUAAAAGAUUUCAAUGGCUUGAUCCUUACUCUUCUAUGUAUAACAUUUUGUAUAUUUAUCAACUUUGAAUUAUUUAAAGA